UGUCCAACUGCCAGCCGAUUCGGACAGCGAUGGCAUUUCAGAAACUCCUGGCUUUUAUUGGCACCAUUUUACUGGUAAGAUAUUUCUUGGACAGCACAACUAUACACGACUUGCGAUUUAUAUCACCUUAUAUCUUCCACAAAAGCGCUUUGUGUUGACAAAAAGAAAAGGUCCAAAUUGCUGAAGUUUGAAAAUUCUAAAUUAAGCGAUCUUUCUAGUUUAAGCUGAUGUAAUUUAUAUUUAAUCUAAUUAUCCAUUAAAUUGAAACAGUUAAAAAAAACGUUAAAACUCUUUCGACGCCGAACAAAGUCCUUCAAGUGAUUUCGAAGCCAGAAUAUCAAGCGCGUAAAUAGAACAAGCGGUACCUGUUAACAAAGUGUUCCUCUUUUCCAGGGAAUUACAACAGCUGACGAUAGACUGACAAAAAACGCGAUAUAAACGUUUAUCGAUCAAAGGACAAGAUAACUGCGUACAAUUCACACGGAUAUCAGAUCACAAGGCAAAUUUCUGUAUUAGAAAUUUUCUGCAGAGCAAGGCUCAGUUUUCUUUUUAAGUAUUUUGUUAAGAAAGUCUUAUUUUAUUCUCUCUGUUUUGGGUUAAGGUCGCUGCCCCCAGCGAAAGCAAACAGAAUCCAGAGCUUGCAACCUCCUGUGUUGAUUAUCUGCGCAGUGGGAGCUCUGAAAGUGGCAUCUACAAACUGUACGACCAAAAUGGAAAGAGGUACACCGCUUACUGUGACAUGAAGUCCGAAUUAGACACUGCAUGGACUUUGGUGAUGUCAUGGUGCACCACAAAUCGAAAGCUCCCAGCGUUUGUGAAAUACCCCUUCAACUACAACUCCCCACAAAACGAGGACGCCCUUAACUGGGAUCUUUACCGCUUAAGUCUGGCGCGAAUGAGAUACUUGCAGGAAAUGUCCACUCACUGGCGAGCAACAUGCAGCUACCCGUUAAAAGGUAUCGAUUUUAGAGAUUACCUUCGGGGAAACUUCCAAGAUUUUAACAUCUUCUCAUUUGUCGGGACGGGCGUUUGCAAGAAAGUGGAAUAUGUCAACAUCCGGGGACACGUGGGCACAGAUGUGACGGCGGGUUUCUUUCAGAAGUUAAAUGAAUACACCCUGCAUAUUAACACUCCAUCCAACUGUCAGUUUGACUCGCGAGAUGGUGCAGUGUCAAGUGAAGACAACUUUGGUUGGUACGGUGAUGGCCUCAGCACUAAAUUCCGAUGCACUGAAACAGACGAAUCCACCACCCAGUAUUGGUUUGGUGCUAAGCGCUAA